GACAGUUUUCUCCAGACCGGAAAGCGACACAAAGCGACAUGGCUGGGACAGUGACUGGAGGAUUAUCCCCCACAAAGCUGGCCACUCCUGAAGUUCAGGCCAUCACUAAUCAGGUGAAGAGCCAGUUGGAAGAGAGAGCAAAUGCGAAAUACUCCAUAUUCAAGGCAGUUUCGGAUUGUACGCAGGUGGUCGCCGGCACGAACUACUUCAUCAAGGUCCAAACAGGUGAUGGCGAGAGAGACUACGCCCACCUGCGGGUGUUCAAGGCCCUGCCAAGCAGAGGGGGCGGAAUUGAGUUCGUUGGCUACCAACUGGGCAAGACCAAGGAUGACCCCAUCACCUAUUUCUAGCCACAGAGCGCCGUCUCUGCAGGGAGUCACAGGGCAUCAAUAAAGGGAAUGUAUCGGAAGCCUUUACGCCUGCCUGUUGUCCAGGAAAGCUAAUGCCGUAAUAAACGUGUUACUGCUGAA